CAGCAUUAACAAGACGAUGAAGGCACUCAAAGGAAUGGUUGGUGGUGCCAUAAAUGAAUUUUCUACUGCAGUUGGAGGCUCAAAAACUGCAGCUUCUCGUGAACAUGCGCUUGCCGUCAGUCGAGACUACAUUUCUCAGCCACGACUAACAUACAAGACAGUGUCUGGAGUGAAUGGCCCUCUGGUGAUUUUGGAUCAGGUUAAGUUCCCUAGGUAUGCAGAGAUCGUGCAUCUCACCCUCCCUGAUGGGACCAAGAGGAGUGGGCAGGUGCUGGAGGUUACAGGGUCAAAGGCUGUCGUGCAGGUAUUUGAGGGAACCUCUGGUAUCGAUGCCAAGAAGACCAGUUGUGAGUUUACCGGUGACAUCUUGCGCACCCCAGUGUCAGAAGAUAUGCUUGGUCGGGUGUUUAAUGGGUCAGGCAAGCCCAUCGACCGUGGCCCUGCAGUCAUGGCAGAAGAUUACUUAGAUAUUAUGGGCCAGCCCAUCAACCCCCAAUGCCGUAUCUAUCCUGAGGAGAUGAUCCAGACAGGUAUCUCUGCCAUUGAUGGCAUGAACAGCAUCGCCCGUGGACAGAAGAUCCCAAUCUUCUCAGCCGCUGGCCUGCCCCACAAUGAGAUUGCUGCCCAGAUCUGCCGUCAAGCUGGGCUCGUGAAGAAAUCCAAAGAUGUGAUGGACUACAGCGAAGAGAACUUUGCCAUUGUGUUUGCUGCCAUGGGGGUCAACAUGGAGACUGCCAGAUUUUUCAAGUCUGACUUUGAGGAGAAUGGCUCCAUGGACAAUGUUUGCCUCUUCUUAAAUCUGGCUAAUGACCCCACGAUCGAGCGCAUCAUCACUCCCCGCUUGGCGCUGACCUCAGCCGAGUUCUUGGCCUACCAGUGUGAGAAACACGUCCUGGUCAUCCUGACCGACAUGAGCUCCUACGCCGAGGCCUUGCGUGAGGUGUCUGCGGCCAGAGAGGAGGUACCGGGCAGGAGGGGUUUCCCCGGCUACAUGUACACAGAUCUGGCCACCAUCUACGAGCGAGCCGGACGCGUGGAGGGACGCAACGGCUCCAUCACCCAGAUCCCUAUUCUCACCAUGCCAAACGACGAUAUCACGCAUCCCAUCCCUGAUUUGACUGGCUACAUCACAGAGGGUCAGAUCUAUGUGGACAGGCAGCUGCACAACAGACAGAUCUAUCCUCCUAUCAAUGUGCUUCCCUCUCUUUCUCGACUGAUGAAGUCUGCCAUUGGCGAAGGAAUGACACGCAAAGAUCAUGCUGAUGUGUCAAAUCAGCUGUAUGCCUGCUAUGCCAUCGGCAAAGAUGUGCAGGCUAUGAAGGCUGUGGUGGGAGAGGAGGCACUGACUGCUGAUGACUUGCUUUACUUGGAGUUUCUGCAGAAAUUUGAAAAGAACUUCAUUGCCCAGGGGGCCUAUGAGAACCGCACUGUAUUUGAGACGCUGGACAUUGGCUGGCAGCUGAUGAGGAUCUUCCCCAAGGAGAUGCUGAAGAGGAUCCCUCAGACCACUCUGGCCGAGUUCUACCCUCGUGACUCCAAGCAUUAACCCCACUCCCUCUCCCUCCAGUUCCUCUAUCUUCCGCUCCUGAGCCUCAUCUUACCGUGCCCUACACACACGAGCACACUGGUCCUUUCUCUUGUCUGUCUCCCCCACCUCCCCCCUGAUGCUGUAUUGCUUGAGACCUGCUGCUCUGCUCAGUUUUGUUCUUGUGUCAGUGGUUGCCGUCAUCAGUAGUCUGCUGGGAAACGUGCACGAGUGCUGCCGCGCCUGCCUUUUGAGUUCGAUGUGCAGUCCCCCCCCAACUGUGCCACACACUUUCACCAUACAUUGAAGGAGUGGUGGUAGGGCUCACUGCACAUGGGGCUAGCUGUGAACAGGCUACUUUAACAGAGUUACUGUAUGCAUGUUGGUAGCAUAGGGCACUGAAGCUCUGAAAGCUUCCUGAAGGAUCCUCAGGGGUCCAAGGUUAAGAGUACCAGUUAAGAAUGACUGUCAUUCCUUUACUGAUUGUGUCUCUAUCUGUUACUGCAUAUGGAAUAACCCACAAGGCAAACAGAAGGUAAAUGCCAUAAGACAUCAGAGUCAUCGCUCAUUGUAUGUAUAGGAGCCUCCAGAGCAAGUGUGCGCCCUAUGUGUGAAUGGGACAGAUUGUUACAGUAAGUGUACUAUUAAUGUAUUGAUCUUUCCACAUUUGUUUUGUUUACGUUCUGUGAUAUGCUCUCAUAGACUACAAUGUCAAAAAUGUGGCACAUAUUAUUACAGAUAUUUAAGAUUAAAGAUAAAAUGUGAGAAAGCUGUGUCAGAAAUCAAAUUAAAUAUAUCCUAGUCGAUGUACACUGAAAAUGUAAAAGUUUAUUUUUUAUGUUACAUCAAUGUUGAAUGCCUCUGCAUUUUCCUGUAGCUCUAUGAAUGUCAUUUUGCUAUUUUGUCAAAUUUAUUAUUGCCAUAUUUUCUUUUUCAAGCCUGGCUCUCAUCUCAUGUGGGCAGUUCUUAAUUUUGAAGUUUACAGUGGAUUGCCAAUAAGGUGGACUCCUGGUGUUAUGCAGCAUUAUUUGCCAAACAACCGACAUAUUUUCUUGUAUGUGCCAUGGGAUGGUAAAACAACCUUUCUUCCAAAUGUGGUGUGGUAAUGUAUGUACUGAUAUAUUUAAAGUGAAUUCCAAACAGAUGUCUUCACAUGAAGAUCAUCCUCUUUUCUGUGUCUUUUAUGUGUGUGUGUAAAUUGUGUUUCUUUGUCAUUGCAUGCAGAUUAUGUUGUUCACAUUGAUGCAAGGUGUGUCUGUACAGUGGAUUAAAUGUGAGUAUGACUCAA